AAGAAAGUUUCCAUAACAAGAAACAAGUGACAUUACAAAAAUUACAUCGAAUGUGUUAUUUAAGAUUAUCAUUUUGGAAAUCGAAGAACUUUCGCAACAAAAUUUUUAUUUAUCAAUCAAAAUAUCGCCUUUAUUCGUUAAUCGACCACUCAACAGUGUAAUGAUAUCGGGUAGCUGUUGGAAGGGAGUAUAAGUAAUUCGAGCGAAUGAAUUUACCUUGAGACAGUUUUGCUGGUUUAAAAAAAAUAAUUUCUUAUUGACAACACUUUAUUCAGCACAAUGUUCGAUUUCGAUGGGAGUUAUCGUCGAAUUCCCAUCCAAAGUUUUGGUGGUUCGUCUCAAAAUAGUGAUCUAAAUCGCGAAACAUUGAUUAAGAAAUCGCAACAAGAACGUCAGAAACGAGCUGAGGUUCGGAAACAAAACAAUGGUGCCACUGUUAUACAGUCGUACGCACGUAGUUUCAUAUUGCGUCAACGAAUCAAACAGGAGCAGCGACAAAUUUUCGAUGAUUUUAUGUCACAGCAAAUCCAGAACAAGGAUCAGUUGGAAUUUUUGUUGAAACGCAUUUUGUUCUUCUACUAUUACAAAAACCAGCGAGAUGGUGAAAGACUGAUAUUCCUAAGUCAAUUUCUCAUUAAAAAUCCAAACCUCUUGCUUACCAAUGCAAUCGCUGAAUCAUUAUGGCUAUAUCGUACAAAGAAACUGUUGUUUCUGUGUACGCAACAAAUUUGCGUGCAAAGUCUUCCUCCUUCGAUUCCGUUUAGGAUGCUGGAAAUAUUUACGUCAGAGGAGCAACUCUCAAAACAUUUGAAUGACAAAGCCGUCGUCGGUGGCUUCUUAGAGAGUGUUUUCACCUAUCUGGUGAGACGGAACUACUUCAAGCUGGUUCGACAAAUGAUCGAUGAGAAAGUUCCACCGCUUUACGAGCCCAUUGUAUCACCGCCGAACGCUUUAUCAGAGACGCUGUACCAAAUGAUCAUGCAACCAUUGAAAUUGGUCAAUUCUCUCAACGGGUGCAGUAAACAGAUCAUACUGUCGUUUAUCGAAUCCGUCAUGUCAGCCGAAUUCAGCGAUCCAAUCAAAUAUUUUGUCAUUCCGUCGCUGGCCAAUAAUCCGACAUUCCCGUUUAUAUUUCUGAUCAAAUAUCUUGCUGAAACCAUCGAAUGUGUCGACAUGGAUGACAUGACCGACACAUCGAGCACACAGCAAAGCAACGUGUCGAUGACAACAAGUUACCUGCUGAAUGCUCUACUGAAACUUGAUCGAUUGCAUCAGGACAAAUUGAACAGUGUUGAACACCUGACCAAUUACAUCAAAAUCAUUGCAUCGAUGUCGUCAACGAUCAAUCGGUUGCCCCGUCGAACUGGGCCUGCCGUUUUCAAAAAUGACGAUUCAAGUGACUCGGAUUCGGAUGACAAUAGCACCCAGAUUAUGGACUCGGUGUCGGUGCAGGAAAUCGAAAUUUUACUGGACGUUCUGGCGAUGCUGAACGAUCCGAGUCGUUCGCGUCUGAUCAUCGAAAAUAUCGAAGAGUUUUUCCUGAACGAACCACCGAUUUUGCACUGCAUAUGCAAAAUUGCUCAUCAUAUCAUGAUGUAUCAUCAGAUUGGUGCCUUUGAUAAUAGGUUCUUAUCAAUGCUUACGUUUAAACCAAAAUUUAUUCGGAGAUUGUGGUACAUGCUGACGUCGCAAUCGAGUCAAUUAGGAUUCUCUUCACCAUUAAAUCUCCUGUCAAGGGGAAUUCACAUUCCCCAAAAAGACAUCGACUCCGUUAUACCGAUCCUAGCCACCUUUUGUACGAUCUUCGGCCGUCUAAUAUCCACACUACACGAUGGCGAAUUCUGCCAGGACGCUCUCCCGGGAACUGUUAGCAAAAUUAUGCCGUUCACAUUAGCCGAAAUAAUCCCCGUGAGUACAACGUUGAAAGACAUUUCCCUUGGACUAGUGGAUUUGGCAUUUCCUGAGACCCGAUCCACCUUUCACGAAAACUACCGUGCAAUUCUGAAGCUAAACCCUAGUCAAGCGGACGAUCAAUUCAACAAAACCAUGUGGCCACAUUUGCUGAAGGUUUGUGUAUCGUUGCUGAGACAGCUGCACACUCGUGAUUUGAGGCGAGGAUUUUGUCCGGACAAUCAUUGGACUGUGCAAAGUUUGAAUCUACCGUUAGAUAAAGAUUUACAUUUAUCGCGGGGACGACGUGGACCCAGACCGUUUCAACCGAUCAAAGAUUUCACAAAAGAAGACUUUGAAAGUGGCGGUCCACCAUUGUCUACCAAGCAGAUCCGUUCGAUAACAAUUUUGCGGGAAAUACCAUUUGUCGUUCCCUUCAACGCUAGGGUUGGCAUCCUUCAGGGAUUACUGUCCGCCGACAAAUUAAGAGCGCAAGGUGACUCGCAGGCAUUCCUUCAAGGACCAGCUAUUUACUUAACGGUACGACGAUCACACAUCUACGAAGACGCUUACGACAAAUUAAGAACGGAAAACGAGCCGGAUGUUAGACCCCGUUUUCGCGUUCAAAUGAUCAACAACAUUGGACUGGAAGAGGUGGGCAUCGAUGGUGGCGGUGUUUUUAGGGAAUUUUUGUCGGAACUGAUAAAAACGGCAUUCGAUCCAAACAGAGGCUUCUUUAUGAUCACAACCGACAAUAAAUUGUAUCCCAAUCCAAGCGUUGCCAAAAUUGUGGAAAACUUUCAGAAGCAUUACUACUUCAUUGGACGCAUGCUCGGGAAAGCAAUCUACGAAAAUCUAUUGGUAGAAUUACCGCUGGCCGAAUUUUUCCUAUCAAAAUUGGCCGGAAAGCAUUCAGACGUUGACGUCCAUCAAUUAGCCUCUCUAGAUCCUGAAUUGCAUCGAAAUUUAAUGUCGCUGAAAGCAUACGAUGGCGACGUAGCUGAUCUGGGAUUAGACUUUACGGUCGUUUCGAAUGAACUGGGCGAAACGGAAGUGGUUGAAUUGAAACCGAAUGGUGCAGACAUCACGGUGAAUUCAUCGAAUCGAAUGGAAUACAUUCGCCUGAUGGCCGACUACAAAUUGAAUCGACAGAUCAAACAACAAUGUGCAGCCUUCCGGCGGGGAUUGGCCAAUGUGGUGACUGUCGAAUGGCUGUACAUGUUCAGUAACAAGGAGUUUCAGGUGCUAAUUUCUGGCGCAGAAAUUCCGGUUGAUAUCGACGAUCUGAGAAAAUAUACGAGAUAUGGUGGUGACUAUGAUCCGGAACAUAAGACAAUUAAGCUGUUUUGGGAUGUUGUGGAGCAUUUUGAUGACAUUCAAAAGCGUCAAUUGUUGAAAUUCGUUACGUCGUGUUCGAGGCCACCGUUGCUAGGAUUCAAGGAUCUGGAUCCACCUUUUUGCAUUCAAAAUUCCGGCGACACUGAUCGACUGCCCUCGGCAUCAACGUGUAUGAAUCUAUUGAAGCUACCAGCGUUCAACUCUUCGGAAAUACUUAAAGAGAAGCUAUUGUACGCCAUACAGAGUGGUUCUGGAUUCGAAUUGAGUUAGAUAUUAUUGUGAGUCCAUCAAUUGGUUGGAUCGAAUCAAAAAAUACAAAAAAAAUUAUUAUCUUCGGUUAAGCCAACCGCUCUACCGAUAAAACUAUUUUUCGUUUUACGUUAGUCUUUUGCUCUGUGUUUGUGUGUGUGUAAGUGUGUAUCAAUCGAACCACCCCCUCUCGUAUGGAGUACUAUGAGUGAUAUUAGCGAUAAUUGUUGUGGAGAAUGUUCAUUUUCCGGAUUCAGUUUAAUGUUUAAUUUUGCCACCUCCGAGGCCACCCCAAUACAUUUAUAAAGAUCAAUAGAGAUUGAAAUAAAGCGGAAAAAUUUUUA